GGUGCUUAGGCAAUGCUUAAGUUAAUCUCAUGCCUUCCCAGCAAGCCGAGCAGCACGCGAAGGAGCUAUUCCCAAAAGAGGAAGGAAAAGAUGCGGUUCAAGAUGGGAAGCGUCCUGCUGUCUCUUCUUUUCUGGUACAAAGCUGCAAUGGCCCUCUCCCCAGGAGAGGAUGAGAGACUGGAGCUGUGGCACAGCAAGGCUUGCAAAUGCGAUUGCCAAGGAGGUCCUAACUCGGUGUGGUCCAGUGGGACUAACAGCUUAGAGUGCAUGCCAGAGUGCCCCUACCACAAGCCCCUGGGCUUCGAGUCUGGCGCCGUCACCCCCGACCAGAUAAGCUGCUCCAACCCUGAGCAGUACACGGGCUGGUACUCCUCCUGGACGGCCAACAAGGCCCGCCUCAACGGCCAAGGCUUCGGGUGUGCGUGGCUCUCCAAGUACCAGGACAACGGGCAGUGGCUGCAGAUCGACCUGAAGGAGGUGAAGGUGAUCUCGGGGAUCCUCACGCAAGGGCGCUGUGAUGCCGACGAGUGGAUGACCAAGUACAGCAUGCAGUACCGCACCGACGAAAACCUCAAUUGGGUUUACUACAAGGACCAGACUGGCAACAACCGGGUUUUCUAUGGCAACUCGGACCGCUCGUCCUCAGUGCAGAACCUGCUGCGGCCGCCCAUCGUGGCCCGCUACAUCCGUCUCAUCCCACUGGGCUGGCACGUGCGCAUCGCCAUCCGCAUGGAGCUCCUCGAGUGCCUGGGCAAGUGCGGCUGAGCGCCGUCUCCUGGGGUAGAUGUGUAGGUGUCCGCCUGAGCAGCCGCCCUGCCUGGCCACCGACGCCGGCUGCGGCCGCGGUCCUUCCGUGUAAAUGCCCGGCCUGCAAAGGGAAGGGCUGUCUUGAAUAAAACGUUGCUUCACACCACGCCUGGUGAUAAAGCUAAA